GGCGACGGAGACAGGACUAAAGGGAGAAAGACAAGUGUGAGCGACAUGUGCCUGUGUUGAGAAUUCUGUCCACGAUAGUGCGGCGGCCGAGGGUGCGCCGAGAGAGAAGAUCGGUUAUUUUUUCCUCUCCUAUAUCCGAUACUCUCUCGUCGCUUACACGGGACUAUCGAUGCAGACCUUACGGAAGAAAAACAGUCCGCGCAAGUUCAAGUACGAACCAACCCGAUUUCUUGGGGAGGGUAUGUCGUUCAAGGCAAAGUUGAUUGGCAUAUUGGAAGUAUCGGAAGCGAGCGGGGAUCGGAUGUGUCAAGCAGCUUUGGCGGACCUGAAGAUGGCGAUUCGGGCUGCCGGUGAACACAAACAACGAAUCACCAUCCAGGUCAGCAUCGAUGGAGUACGCUUGCGGGACGAAAAGUCUGGGGUCUGUCUGUAUCACCAUCCUGUGCAUAAGAUAUCGUUCAUCGCGCAGGAUAUUUGCGAUUCGAGGGCUUUUGGAUAUAUUUUCGGCUCUCCGGAUACUGGGCAUCGUUUCUUCGGCAUAAAAACGGACAAAGCUGCGAGCCAAGCGGCGAUAGCUAUGAACGACUUGUUUCAAGUGGUCUUCGAGCUGAAAAAGAAAGAAAUCGAGCUGACGAAACAACACUUGGAGCAAAAUGCCAUAGGCGUUAUUAAGUUACACAAUCGUGGCAUUUUCACCGAACCUACACCCGACACCAAAGGUGCAGCAGGAACCGAGUCCUCUCUUCAUCGAGCAAAGAACACGAAUCCGGAGGUAGACAUACAACCUGAGAAAAGAAACGAAUGUCAAAGUGGUGUAAUAGCGGAUUUAUUAGACUUACAAUUUGAACUAAAUUCUCUACAGCAAGGAAUCCAUCACAUGGAGAAAAAUACCCCCGAGAAUCCACCGCCAUCCGCGGACAGUCUUUUCGAACCUGAUCCGUUCGGUGAUUCGUUCGCGAACAUGAAGUUGGAAGACACUGUGCGGCCUAUCCUGCCGCCACCGCCAUCAGGCCCAAAAAGAGGUCACUUGGACCGACAGCAAACGAUUCCAGGUCCCCAAUCGUCGGUCACGUCAAGCCCAGCGACGACUGUAACCAGCAAGACGCCACCGCUUCAAAGUUCGGUUCAAUGGUUCGACAAGGACGCGGAGACUCUUUUCAGCGAUAGCGAGGUCACCAGUUCAGAAAAGAGUACCAUUGUCAAAAAAGAACAAGAUGAGACUCAGGCCAGAAGCCCGCAGAUAGACGUCUUCACGGAAUUGGAUCCGCUGGGUACCGGCCUGAUAAAGCCGUACGUGGACAAGAAGGAUUUCUUCCAGCAUUUAAAAAAUCCCCCGAAAAAGGUGCUGAAGGAUCUGGUAUCCACCAGCUCGGACACGUUCCCCACGAACUUCAGCGGCGGCUCGGAUUCCGCGGAGUCGGAGACCCAGGCGCGAAACGACUUGCUGUCGAAGGACAAUCAGUUCGACGACAGCAACUUCGCGAAUUUCGACAGGUUCGACGAGAUCGAGGCGGUUCAGCCGGCCGUCGAGCGGGCCGAUUCCUCGCGGAAGACGGAGGCUGGGCCAAAGGCUCAUCAUCAGCCGCUAUCCGUGUCCCUGCCGCCCGAGGAACCGACUGGUUCGACCUCCCCGGCGGUUUCAACCGUAUCCGGAGGCGCUACCUUGCUCAGUCGAAUGGACAAAGACUCCUCCGACUACGUGCACGGGUUGGUUCCACUUCCAAGUCCCAUGAAGUCCGGGCGCAAGAAGGACUUCGACAUCGACUUGCCUGCUGGCAAAGUACAGCCCAUAGACAAGCCGUUUAUGGUCGAUUUCACAACGACCACCGAGUCGCCGGCGUCCCCGUUAAAGUCUUGUUCUUCCGACGCGAAUUCGCGACUCUCCAGCUCGUCUGCGGAGCUGGAGCUGGUCCCCGAGCCUCCCCCGCGAGGGGUAGCCAACAUCCUGAUCAAUCCGCCGCCUCUGCCCCCGAAGAAGCAGGGCGGCAGGGGCGGCGUCAAGCCUCCGCCGCGGCCACCGCACACAGAGGGCUACUUUCACUACGAUUUCCCUGAACGCGAGCAUCCCACGCCCGUCGUAGCCAAGGACAGGAGCAAGAGUCCAUUAAAGGACACGAAGAGCCACUUCGACGACAACUUUAGCCCGCCCCUUCAGCUGUCCACCAAAUCGGAUUUAAUCGGUUCGAUGACCACGUCGACCUUUGAGGAUUCCUUCAGAUCUAUGAUGCCUACGACGAACCUGUCCACGUUCUUCACGUCUACCAACGUAUCCACCACGGCGAAAAAGGCGAAGCCUUCGUUGGAUAUUACACUGAGUCAGUUGACGUCCUCGAACCUGAACGAAUUAGCCAAUAGUCUCGGGAUGACUGUUCAGGAGCUGACGAGUUUAACGCUUCAGCAACUCACGGACUGCUUGGCGACCCUGUCCACCAAAGAUGCUUCCACGAACGAAAUGGAGGAAGUCACGAGACAGGAAUUCGCUACCGUGAAGCAACAGCCUGAUAUUAGUCAAUCGAAAUCCUACGCAGAGUCCCAAGCCUUCGUCAAAGUGAACACCGACCAGGAACCCAAAUGCGACGCUACUUACGACAAGUACGCGGUCUUUCGGGAACUGUUGGAACUGGAACAGAUGAAGAGAAGCGAGGAAGACGCGAUGCAAGACACGGUCGAAGAGGAGGCGACCGACGUGAUGCAAGACGCGGUCGAAGAGGAGGUGUCGGACGCGAUGAAGGAAACGUUCGAAACUGCUUCGGAGCCCGACGACGACAGCAAAUCGGAAACCACAGUUUCCUUGGUGAAUCUUACGGUGAAGCUUCCUCCAAGUAGCGAAGAUUUAACAACGGAGGAGUUACCCAACGUAAACUUCGAGGAAAUAAACGAGCCAUCCUCGAGCUCCGCGAGCGAGAAGGCCCAGUCGGUGGAAACGGAAGCCACCGCCAGAAUGUCGAUGACGGAAGCGGAAAUCAGGACCGAAUUCGGGACGAAGCAAAGCACCGAGGCCGAGGAGGAGCCCGAGAGGCGAGAUUCGAUGGCGGACGACGAAGAAACGGAAGCUCCUGAGAAAAUCAGCGACACUAAUGAGGACCUGGACAAGCCAGCGACGGUGAGCAACGCGGAAGAGACUAAUGGCUUGGCGUCGGAGAAGACGAGAGUCAAGUCCUCGAUAUCGACGUCCAGCGACAGGUACGCUGCUCUACGCGAGAUUUUAGGAGAACCGGAACCGUUGCCCAAGCAAACGGAGGAGGACGCGUCCAACUCCGCCCAAGUGUCACCUGUGCUUUCUUCCUCAACCCAGUCGAAGGGCAUAGCGGAAGUGGAGCUGCUCAAUCUAUUCUCCGACACGCCGCCAUCGUCAUCCAGCCCGAAGAAACAGAUUAAAAAGGAGGAAGAAUCGAAAUCAAUGGGCAUGGACAUCUUCGAGGAGAUAAAGAUGCUGAGCACCGGGACGCACGCCGCGAAAGGAACCACAUCCACGAUUUCGGAGGACAUAUUCUGCCCGUUCACGGAGCUGAAACAGGAAACGGAUGAUAACAAGGACGACGGAAACUGGGCGAAGUUCGACACGGGUCUGUUCGUGUCUGACAGACCGUCUUGCGAGGGCACACCUUCGAUCAGCGGCACCUCGCCGUGGUCUCCGGACGGUAAAGAGUUCCACAAGGACGUGGUGUUCAGGGCCAGCGUGUAUCGUCACUCUGGUGACAGCGACAACGAAUGGAAGGACGAGGAGGAGAGCGAGGAGAGCAACGGAAGGUCGCGCGGGGGCGGUGGAUUCUGGUGCAGGCGUCAUCCUCGCUUCGACGCGUCCGCGUUCGGCGACAGAUCGUUCUACGAGGAAGCCGGACCCGUUCCCGACAACAAGAGGGACAGAAGCUUCCGUGACAGGAUGGUGAAGAAGUCCCGCGAGGCGUCGUGGAUCAAAAAUCACAAUUAUAGACCGCGCGACCCGACCUGGCACGACGAGAGCCAAUGGGAGGAGUCCAGAAACUAUCCCCAUCGCAAGAUGCAGUACAAGGACGAGGAGGACCAAUACGACGCGCACUGGAAAUGCAGAUCGCAGCCUCAACAUUGGAACUGGCCGCACGAGCCGUUCUACGACGAGGAGAGGAAGAGGAAGCUGACCCUAUGGACCAAGGAGGAUAGAUUCGGUAGUCAAGAGAGCAUGGGUUACGACGAGGAGGACAGACGACACAGGAGGAAGUACGAAAGGAGAAGGUGGGAGGAGGACGCUAGAUUCUGGAACAGGAGGACAGCGGGUCCGCCAGAUUUCGAUUAUCCUACCAGGGAGAGCUAUUACUACUAUCGAGAGGGCAGAGAGAGACCACACGACUAUGCAGCCGCCUGGGACGAAGAGUAUGCCACCGAUAGACCCGGAGACGACAUGCCUAAAUACUCCUGCAGGAGGAGAUACUGGCCCAAGAGGCCCAACAGCGCGAACGAGGGCCGCAACACCGACGUUGUCUACACGGAAUCGCGCGGCAAGUUCGGCACGUCCAGAUCCGAGUGCAGCGACAACGACUCCGACCCCUAUCUACGACCCUCUCAGCGCUCGAGGAGUCGCGAGAGCUACUGGGGCAGCGACCAGGAAUACGACAGCUGGGCAGAGAGGCCCUACUGGUCGGAGGGUCCAGACUCCAAGAGCGAGAGCCUUCAUCGCAAACGAGUACCCAGGCACAAGCCACGAAAUCCGCACGCCAAGACUCAGAGUCCCUUCGAAGACGACUUUGCCCAAAGCGUGGAGCACGUGGACCCCUCCGCCGUCGAGUCUCUGGCCACGGUCGAACCCCGGGUCCGUACAGACACAAACGAUCAGAAACCACCCCCGUCUAGUCCCUCCUCUAGCAAGAGGUACGCCAAGGACCUCCCCAGGAAAGAGAUCCAGAGGGAGUACAGCAAGAGAUCCAGCUACUUCGAGGAUGAUCUCACGCCCACGGCGAGCGCCUCCAGCGACGCGUCAGACCGCCAGAGGCUACCCUCCGACCUCAAAGCAACACCGGAAGAGCUACCCUGCGAUACCAAGGAGGGCCAUCAAGCAGCCGAUGGUUUCGUGUCGGAGGACAGCGGUCGCGACUCUUUCUUCAAUGGCGAUCUCAGAUACGACGACGACGCGUUCGCGUUCAAGUCCGAGAUGGAGGACAACGUGCCGGAGCAUCGCGCCACGACGCUACCCCUGAAGAACCAUAGCCGCCAGGGCAAGUACAGUACCGGGAACAACAAUAACAAGUCGCGGGGCGACCAGUACAUCAGGAAGUCCGAGUCGGUGAACAUAUUCGUCAGGGAGAACGACCCCUUCGACGACGACGACUUCUUUAAUUGAUAAGUCGUCCUUCGAGCGUUCGAAUCGCACGGUGCUGGACAUUGCGACAUCAGCCGAUCGGGUGGACCUUGAAAUGGUCGAUUUUUGUUCAGAUUAUCCCCAGUAUGCUCCCGAUGCUAAAUUUAUCGAUGUUCGUCGAGGUUUGCUAACGUAUCUUGGAAUGUUUGAGGGUGGUCGCUGAAUUGGUUGACCGUUCAAGGACACGGAGGGAAGGAACAGAGAUUUCAGUCAAGGAUAAAGAUGGUCCUCGAUCGACCAACCGAUUUGGUGAUCGUUCCAGAAGCAACUUCACCACGUGACAUUCUAUACUUAUUUCUAAUUAUGUUCGAUCGUCUGAUGCUAACGAGGUUCGUACUGCAACUCAAGGGAAUCAUUGUCCAAGAUAUCGACCACCAGGAGGUAUGGUCAUCAUACAGAAGCUAGUCAUUGUUUUAAUAAAUUUGUACAUAAUGUUAUCGGUGUUAGCAUAAAAUUGAUUCGGUGAUAGAAGUCUGUAUAUGUGUGUGCAGUUUAUAUGACACUUGUUUACACAGUAACUUCGGCGCGGUACUUUAAAUUUGUAAUCAUGGUUCCACCGACUAUAGUUAUCUCGUGUUUUUUGCUUUAUUCGUUUGAUACGAUGAUGCUAGUCAUAUCGAGACACGUUAGGAUAAUUGUAAGAUAACAGGCACGAUUUCUGAUCGAUUGAAACUGUUGGGAGGACUAUUGUUGCUUCCGGGUGUGAGUCGCGUCAUUUUGAUUAUUUAUUUAUUCUAACUUCGAUCACUUACGAGAUAUUUGCUUGGACGUUCAUGGACUGUUCGAUAUUUAUUUUAUUCUGCUUCCUAUUACUUUUACUGCCAUACUUUAAGCCCUUAUAGCCGCUACACACCCUCUUUGUCCCUAUUGACUAUCGACCCUAGUUUUAAGCUAUUGAGUUGAUCGAUUGAAACCGAAGUCGAUUAUGCUUCAAGCGAUAAUCGUAAGUGUUGCUAUCGAUGUUGUUGACGCGACAAAUUAUUUGUAAUAUCCGUUUUUAACGAUGUAUUUAAACUAUUUUCGUUGGUCUAAUGUCUGCUAGUGAGAAUACAAUAACUCUAGUUAAUAAACACUGUUGCUGAGAACGUUGGAAAAGGACGCGACUCGUACCCGAAAAUGUCCAACACCUUUUGACUCAGCGAGAACUCGAUUCGUGAAAGCCUGAACGAUCUCAUUUGAUAGGUAUUGUUUGGAACGUCGAAGAAUCAAAAUGUGACUUUUAUACACUUUUGACUGAAACGAUCUUCGUUCGCGCGAAACUAUACCAUAUUGAAGACGGCAUAGAUAGACUCAAUUGUCGAUUCCUUUCGGACGUUUCUCUUCGGAGCGAGACGGGAAAGUCGGUCCAGCUAGUCUUGUAAAGUCUGUUUAUUUGUAAAAAAAAAAAACACAAGAAGAGAAAACGAAAAAAGGAAAUCGUAUCAAGUCGCGACACGACAUUACAUUAUUUAUUUGUUUGCCAGCAACAGCACGCUGCGUUUACCUUUUAGCUUAUGUUAUUUAUGUAUAGAUAUGCGCAUCGACAUCUCGUGAUGAAUGUACUUAAACGCUGUAGCAGGCGAAUUAUUUAUUAUCAUUUAAAUAGUGACUCUAACUGUGUUAAAAACUAGUCAGAAUUGUACUGACAAUAAUAUACAGUCCCAAUACAAAUACAAUUACCGACUGUGAAGAGAUGAAUUUCUGUUUAAUCACUUACGAGCUGCGGUUUAAUGUCGUUGUGUAACCCAUGUUAUAAAUUCGCUAUUUUUUCUCUAUCAAUUAUCUCUAUGAAACUUUCGAGCUCGAGGAAAAUGUCUCGAAUUUAACGUACAUGAAUAAAGGACACGUAUAGAGUAAAUUAUUUAAAAACUCGCUGUUAUAACACUGUGCUUGAUAACUAAAAAAAAAUUGCACGUUAAAAAGAAAAGUAUAUCGAAAUCAAUCGUGAUAUUUGCCAACGAGGCACGUCGAAUAAAUGAAAAGUUCUAUACUUCGAUGGGCAGCACGAUAAAGAUGAUACAAAUAACGUAAACGCGAUUUAACGAAUUAUAAUUGCUUUUGUUUCACCAGUGAGCGAGACUCGCUGUAAUUAGCGAUCGAUUCAACCGCGUAUCCGUCUCGAUAUAAGUGAUUAGCGGAAAUGAAAAUCCACGGCUACAACGAGGAACAGAAACCACGAGACCCAGGGCGAUCAGGAAUAUGCAUGGACGGUGUAAUAAAAAUUUACAAUGUUUACAAUAACUCCGUAUCUCUGUUAUUAAUAAAAAAUGUCUCCAGCGUGACGCAAUCCGCGAUUUUAGUGUGCUGUAAUCGUGAAACUUGUAAUUUUUACCAUGACCGUAACGAUUUAUUCCAUGUUGCACAUUUGUGUC